UAGAAUUAUUCUAAAUAUCUCACCUGAAUAACUUGCCUUGAUCCACUUAUUCUGGUAUUAUUUGUUUUAUUUUUAGAUGAGAAGAUCAACGAUACGUCAUUGAUGAUGCUUGGGAACACUGACCUUAUCGACAUGGGCAUCAAGACUGGACCGAGAAUGGUGAUUCUGAAGAUCAUUGAGAACCUCAAAACUUUUAACAACGAAGAUGGCAAUAAAGAAAAUCAAGCUGAGCUAUCAUCAAUGCAGAUUUGUCGAAGCAAUCUUGAGAUGAAUAACAAGUUUAGAUUGAAUGUCUUACUACCCAUUCUCGAUCAAGGACAUAUGCCAAAUGAUAACGAUCUAAGAUUCCUGAAUAGGGUAGCAUGUGAGCCAUUUGAAACAAGAAUAAGAAGUGGUGGCAAGUAUCCAACUACUGAUGAACAAGAACAACUCGCCAAUGACAUUGUACAACUGUUCCCACAAUUAAAGUGCAACGCGUCCAGACCUCAAGGGGCUCCCGAAGCAGUUAGCAAAUAUGCUAUUUGA